AUGAAAGUCGAGGUGCCUCCUCAAGCCGUCCCCUUUGAAGGUACCGCCGUUAGCCAGCUCCUCCCCACCGGUCGGAGAUCGUCACAGCCCACAGCAACCCCGGUUUUCGACCCCACAGGUUUUGGCUCUCAAUACAAGCUAACAAUGGUGGAUUCAGAGUUUGCAUUUGAACCUCCAAGCGAUGAGGAAUAUGACUAUGAAGAUCUCAACAGUGAUGAAGAAAAGGAUGAUGAAAACAGUGAUGUAGAAGAAAAAGGAAAAAAUCAUACCAAAAAAACACAAUCUCCAUGGGACUUUUCUUCAUACACUGAAUCAGUUGCAGAAGAACAUGCCCGAAGAAGCACAACCUCCAUUGAUGAUAAAAUCUCAAAGUUCAUCCAGCAACGUAAUCCUUCAGAUUCAAUACCAGAAGAAGAAGAAGAAGAGAUGGAUGAAGAUGACCCUACUGAUUCUGAACCAGAUCGUCAGGAAGAUUUUAAACCUGAAGAAGAAGAUGAGAUUCCCACCACAGCAAGUGGUGGUGGAGAUAACAAACAGUUCUUUGCAAAAGCAGAUGGUGUUUCUUUUCAUGCGAAUUCAUUCAUGGAUCUUCAUCUUUCAAGGCCAUUGCUCAGAGCUUGUGAAGCUUUGGGGUACAACAAGCCAACACCUAUUCAGGCAGCUUGUAUACCAUUGGCAUUAACUGGACGUGACAUAUGUGGUAGUGCAAUUACUGGAUCUGGGAAGACAGCUGCUUUUGCAUUGCCAACAUUAGAGAGAUUGUUGUUUCGUCCAAAACAUAGGCCUGCAAUAAGAGUUCUCAUUCUUACUCCUACAAGAGAGUUAGCAGUUCAGAUUCAUAGCAUGAUUGGAAAACUUGCACAGUUUAUUCCAGAUAUCAGAUGUUGCCUUGUUCUUGGUGGGCUUUCAACAAAGGCUCAAGAAGCAGCAUUGAGAUCCCUACCAGAUAUAGUGGUGGCUACCCCUGGACGAAUGAUAGAUCAUUUACGCAAUUCAAUGUCUGUAGAUUUGGAUGAUCUUGCAGUUCUAAUUCUUGAUGAAGCAGAUCGUCUUCUUGAGCUUGGAUUUGAUGCUGAGAUUCGUGAACUGGUGAGAGUUUGUCCUAAACGUAGACAAACAAUGCUGUUUUCAGCUACUAUGACUGAGCAAGUUGAUGAGCUUAUCAAACUGUUGUUGAACAAACCCUUGAGACUCUCAGCUGACCCCACUACAAAACGUCCAGCUACUUUGACUGAAGAGGUUGUAAGGAUAAGGAGGAUGAGGGAAGGAAAUCAAGAAGCUGUUCUUCUUGCAUUGUGUUCCAAGACGUUUACAUCCAAAGUCAUCAUAUUCAGUGGAACAAAACAAGCUGCACAUAGGUUGAAGAUUUUAUUUGGUUUAGCUGGCUUUAAAGCUGCUGAGCUUCAUGGAAAUCUCACUCAGGCACAACGUCUAGAUGCUUUGGAACUUUUUAGAAGGCAGGAAGUGGAUUUCUUGAUAGCAACUAACGUUGCUGCUCGUGGGCUUGAUAUUAUCGGAGUCAAAACAGUUAUUAACUAUGAGUGCCCACGUGAUCUUACUAGCUAUGUUCAUCGAGUGGGUAGAACAGCUAGAGCUGGGAGAGAAGGGUAUGCGGUUACUUUUGUCACGGAUAAUGACCGAUCUCUCCUCAAAGCCAUUGUGAAAAGAGCUGGAUCAAAGCUGAAGAGUCGUAUUGUUGCAGAGCAAUCGAUAAAUAAAUGGUGUGAAAUGAUUGAGAAAAUGGAGGAUCAAGUGGCUUCAAUUCUUAGAGAGGAGAGGGAAGAAAUGGCACUAAGAAAGGCUGAAAUGGAAGCAGACAAGGCAGAGAAUUUGAUUACACACAGGGAUGAAAUAUUUUCUAGGCCAAAGAGGACUUGGUUUGUUACAGAAAAAGAGAAAAAACUUGUUGCUAAUGCUGGAAAGGAAAAAGAAAAAGGUUCUAAAAAGAAGGUCAUGAGUGCUGAAGAAGCCGAAGAGCGUAAGCAGAAAGCAAAGAAAAAGCGUGAAUAUGAGAAAAAUCUUCCUAGAAAGAAAAGAAGGAAGCUUGAAGCAUCUAGAGAAAUGCUGGAGGAUGAAGCUGAAAAUGGGGGAAAUGCUAGAAACAACAAGGAGAAACCUGGAAUUUCUCUUGUUGAUUUGGCUUAUAGACGUGCAAAAGCAGCAAAAGGUGCUAAAAAGGCAGCAGAUAAUGGGAAAGUUGUGAGAACAAAUAAAAAACCAAAUAACAACAAGUCGUCUUCUUCUUCACAUUUAAAUAAAUCAAGACCUGAAGAAAUGAAGGAACUUUUCCAAAGUGAAAUGAGUGAAAAGAAGCAAAAAAGAAGCGCUCAUGGAGGUGGGAAAAAGUCAUCAUCAUUUAAGAGCAAGUCAAGGUACAAGAGGAGGUGAUCUAGAUGAGGAGCUCAUUUUGUUACAAGUUUUUGGUUUUAAUUUAUUAAAAGUUCGAUCGAAAAAGUUGGUGACACAACGUAUUUGGGAUAUUUAUGUAAGAGCAAGAGUCCAUGUUUUUGUAGGGUAGAAAAGGGAGAGAUUAUUCAACAAGUUGGAUUUUGUACCUUAUGGACAUUUGUUAUGGUAAUGAAUUAUCAAUAUUUUUUUCUUAAA